AUGGCCUUCAGGGGGCCUGAACCCUGGGUCCCUGCAUCCCUGCAGAGCCAGAGGCUGAAGGCUGAGGAGAAGAUACUGGAUCUGGAAUUUGAAGUCUUAAGUGUGGGGUUUAACGAGGAGGGCAGAUAUGCCCUGCGGCUGACAGCUGAGAACCCCCUGCAGGCUGGCUCUGGGGCUGGGGUACAGUUGCAGGUAAAUGAUGGGGAUCCCCUCCCUACCUGCUCUGUUGUCACUGACAUCAUCGAGCAGCAGGAUCCUGGCCAGAGCCUCACCCUCACCAGGAACAAGUUUGUCUUUACUUUGCCCAAAGGGUUCUGCAAGAACGACUGGCAGCACGACGCGCAUCUGCGGGUGGAGGCGCUGCGGCUGGGCGGGGUCUCAGGACGCCCCGCCCAGAAGGUGGGCGAGGCCAUCUUCCCGGUCUUCCCGCGCCCAGACCAACCCCGCAUGAACCUGUGGGCGCGGGAGCACGAGGACCUGUACCGCUACCUCGGCAGCCUGGCCCUGCUGCGUGCCAGUGCUGACACCACGGCCCGCCACUGCGGGGGCCUGGCCUACAGUGUAGCUUUCCGAGAGCACCGGGGCCCUCAGCCUCCAGUCCCCAACUGCCCCCCAGGGGCCGUCUCGCCAGAACCGGUGUCACCCCUCCCAGAGCCCCAGCUGCCCGGGCUGCAGGAGGCCCGAAGUGACCACAAGACAGAAGUCUGUGUGCGUCCACCUUCAAACCCCUCCAGCUCCCACCAUGGCCAAGAGGGACGCAGCCCUGAACCCGGAUCCUGGCAGCCUCAGACCCAAGUCGCCAAGAGCCCAGAGGAGCCCAUGAACACAGUGCAGAGUGUGGAAUCUGUCACCAGCUACCUGUCUCCCUCUAAUAAGGAGACCAUCAUGGUCACUCUCCAUGGGGCCACCAACUUGCCCACCUGCAAGGAUGGCUCUGAGCCGUGGCCUUAUGUCAUGGUGAAAAUCACAUCAGAGGACAUGAAGAACCAGAAUGCUAAGGCAGUCACAUCUGUGACCUCCAAGCCCACCACAGCCCCCAUCUGGGGGGACACAGUCAAAGUGGAGCUCCAAGCUGAGGAUGCAGGGCGAGAAGAUGUGAUCCUCAAGGUGAUGGACAAUAAAAAGAAAGAGGAGCUGUUGUCCUACCAAAUCCCCAUCAAGUACCUGCGUGUCUUCCACCCCUACCAUUUUGAGCUGGUGAAGCCCGCCCAGUCUGGAAAAGCUGAGGGAGCCACUGCCAAAACCCAACUGUACACCACCAUCGUUCGGAAGGGGAGCUUCUUCCCCCGCUACAUCGGCAACAACCACACAGCUCUGGAGGUCUUCCUCCGGGGAGUCAACGAGCCCCUGGUCAACAACCCACACCCCAUAGUGGUCAUUGCCAGGGUGGUUCCCAACUACAAUGAUUUUAAGGUCCAUCAGGUAAAGCAGGACCCAGCGUUUGUAGGGCUGCCCAUCACCCGACUCUCCUUCCCUGUCUCAUCUGUGAUGUACUUUGAUGUUCCUCGGGUCAGCCAGAAUGGGUGCCCUCAGCUGUCCAAGCCAGCGGGACCCCCAGAGCUGCCUUUAUGGAACCAAUCCUUCCUCUUCCAAGGCCGAGAUGGAGCCACCAACUUCUCGGAAGACACAGCCCUGGUGCUGGAGUACUACUCCUCGGCUUCCAUGAAAGGCAGUGAGCCAUGGACCCUCAGCAAGCCCCUGGGUGUCUCCGUGUUGCCGCUAAAGAGCCGUUUGUACCGCAAGAUGCUGGCAGGGAAGGGUGCGAAUGGGCUGCGUGUGGAGAAGCUUCCCAUCACCGACACCAAGCUGAAAACCAUCAAUGGUGAGGCCCCUACAGUGGAUAUCUCCUUCCAGCUGCUCUCCUCUGAGAAGCCGGAAGACUUCUUGACUCCAAACAGCAGCCAGGUUCUGCCCAUCCUGGACCCCAAGAUAUUAGAUGAGAAGCUGGGUACCAUCCGUGAGUCCUGGUCCAAGGCCACAGUGAGCUCUAGUAUGGACUCCAGCCCAUCUACCUCUCAGGAAAUGGAGAUAGAGCCUCAGGUGCCCAAGAUGUCCCAUGAAAUGGAGAUGAACAACUACCGGAAGGCCAUGCAGAAGAUGGCAGAGGACAUCCUGUCGCUGCGGAAACACACCAGCAUGCUGGAGGCAGAGAACCGCAUGCUGAGGAGCCAGCUGACUCAGGAGGGAGGGGAGGAGGAGCCGGACAAUGGCAACAAAGCCCAGAAGCUGGAUGAGGUGUCCAUGAAGCAGAAACUGCUGCUGAGUGAGUUGGAGCUGAAGAAACUGAGGGACAGAGUGCAGCAUUUGCAGAAUGAGCUGAUUCGAAAGAAUGAUCGAGAGAAGGAGCUGCUCCUCCUGCACCAGGCUCAGCAGCCACAGGCCGUGCUGCUGAAGCGGUACCAGGACAAGUUGCAGAAGACGAAGGCGCUAGAGGAGACCGUGCGGCACCAGGAGAAGGUGAUCGAGAAGAUGGAGCGGGUGCUGGAGGACCAGCUACGGGACAGGAAGGAGCCCCUGCUCAACAGGCUGCUGGGAAAGCCCACCCUGGCCUUCCCUGCGCGCUCCGCUUCCGGCCUUCCCCCAGGGUCAACGGGAGAGAACCUGCCUGUGGACUUGUACUCAGUCCUGCUGGCGGAAAACACCAGGCUGCGGGCAGAGCUGGAGAAGAACCGCCACCAGUCGGCCCCCAUCAUUCUGCAGCAGCAGGCUCUGCCGGAUCUCCUUGCCAGCACCUCCGACAAGUUCAACCUUCUGGCCAAGCUAGAACGAGCUCAGAGCCGGAUCCUAUCCCUGGAAAGCCAGUUAGAGGACUCAGCCCGACGUUGGGGACGCGAGAAGCAGGACUUGGCCAUGCGGCUGCAGGAGCAAGAGUACGGCUUGGGGCCCUCCUCGAACUCCGUCAUCACUGACCUGCCCAACUCCUUGGCCCAUGCCAAGGACCACAGGCGACCCUCAAAGCUGGAUCCCCUGAUGCCCAGCUUGGAGACUAAGCUCAACAAGCCCUCAAACUCUGAGAAGACCUGAGUCUUAGCAGACCUGAGUAGUUGGAGCAGGGCCCCCUCUCUGUGUGCUGGGGAGUCUCAUUCCAACCCCCAGAGG